ACGCAAACAAUUGGCCGAAGAACGUGAAAAGGAAGAGCAGCGAUAUAAACUGGCCAUGGCCACCGAAGCACAACGAGCGGAGGAACUACGAAUCCAAGAAGAACAGAGAAUGGCUUCAGCAGAACGUGAACGUCUGGAUGCGACGAUCGCCACACGACUGUCGCGAGACGGAGGUGGAGCAAUGAUGGACACGCCCACCACGAGCAUGUCAUCCGGCUCAUCCAUAGAUUCCACUACCAAACCAAAAGGAAAAUACGACCUGUCGACAUGGAGAUAUGCAGAGCUGCGAGAUACCAUCAAUACCAGUACAGAACGUACGGUGAUCGCACCGCAAGUGAAUCCAGCUCUUAUUAUGCAAAGAUAUUUCAAAGUGCCAUUUUCGCGUCCAGCUGAUAUCUACAAAAAUCACAACAACAACAAUAACAAUAACAACUGUCUGAUCACGGACUCGCGAACCGUACAAAAUGGUCUGUGGUAUGCGCAUUUCAAUGGCCAAUGGAUUCAACGACAAAUCGAAAUGCACCCGAACAAAACUCCUGUUCUACUCGUAGCUGGACGAGACGACCUUCAUAUGUGUGAAAUUCCUCUCGAUCAGACUGGACUUACUCGUAAAAAGGGUGCCGAAAUCCUUGAGACCGAAUUCGAAACCGUGUGGCUGCAUCUUGGUGGAGCACCGAUGCAGAAAUGGAGGCCAUAG